AUGAAUGCUUUUUUUGAUGGGUAUGUGCAUGCUAAGACAAACUUAAAAGAAUUUGUUGAUCAAUUCGAUAAUGCGUUGAGGAAGAAGAUUGAGAAUGAAAAUGCAGUGGACUUCUACUCCUUCAACAUCGCAAUUCCAGUCAUCUCUCCCUCUCCACUUGAGAAGACAUUUCAGAACAUAUACACUUGUAAUAAAUUUAGAGAAGUCCAGAAAGAAGUAAUGGGGAUGCUUGCAAGUCUUCCAACUCUACACCGGAAGGAUGGUGUAAUUGCUACGUACCAUGUAGAAGAUGAAGUAGAUAUUGAUGAUUUCAUCAAGGAGGUGACCCAUACGGUGUACUUUAAUGAGGUCGAAUGCAAGUUAGACAUAGUUGAUGAGAGGCCAGAAGUGAGUAGAUAUUCACGUAUCAUCAAGAGAUGUUAUCAGGUCGCCACGAAUGCAGCUUCAUCUGAUGAGCAUACUGAUGAUAUGCUAGCUAAGUUAGAUGCAAUGAACCUAGGCUACUUGAAUAAUAAGCCAUCUCAUCAAACUUGUUCGAACAUUGCAGUUACAAAUGCCGUUACAACCACAACUGAGAGUUCAAAGAAAGUACUGAGUCCCCUUGUAGUGAGAGGUAAAGGUAGACCGCCAUCUCUGAGGAAGAAAUCAAUGAUUGAGAGAGUCAAACCCACGACGAAGAAGGCUACUCAGAAAGGAAAACGUAAACAGCCGCAUGGAAGAGAAGGAGAAGUUGUUGGAACGUGUCGGAAUUUAUUUGGACAACUAGUUAUUGGGACACAACAAAGUGUAGCCGUUCAGCCGCCUCAAAACACUACCGACGACAUACACUUUAGUUCCACCGAGUUAGGUGUUGCAAUGAUUGAGACUCAAGAAAGUGUAAACCAUCUUGUUUAA